AAGAAAAUUUUGGAAAAUGUUUUCCCUGCUUCUGCUAGGAAAGUUAUUUUGCUGGAGAUUCUUGUGACCUUACUUGUAGAAGAAUGUUUCUCUGCUUGAUAAUAAAGCUAUUUGACAUAAAUUAUGCGUCUUAUUUGGUGCCUUUUGGCGCUUGUCAGCUGUUCAUUUCCAUAGUUCCUUUGGAGGGUGGGAAUUCUCAAGCUCCUUCAAUGUCGAGCUCUAAUUCAUCUGUGGCUCAACCCAUAGGCCUUGGGCAGAGUUCUGUCACCGUGCCUCCGCACUUGUUUCCUUUAGUCCGGCAACCAUUUCCUCCUAAUUAUAUUCCGUAUAACCCUUACAUUCCCCAUCUUUACAUGCCACAGAGUGCUCACCAGUUUCUGGGCCCGAGUGGCUUCCCUCAGCAACCUUCUGCUGCCAACUUUUAUAUGUCACCAUCAGUUAAUGCUGCUGGUGUCAAACUACCUCUUCCGUCUCUGUACAAACCAGCAGCUAUUGCUGGAAACUUGAACCACUUCGGCGUUCCUACUAGCUACAGUUCAUAUGGGUCCUCAACUGUCUCAUACAGUGCAACUACAGCUCCUGUUUGUUCAGCUAGCAAUGAAGAUCUCAGUGCAUCUGAGCUGAAAGAAAAGAAUGUUUACUCCACGCAAAAACAGAAUGAAGAUUCCCAUUUCAGGACCUCGGCAACUGGACGUGAUCUAUCAAUGCUGCAGGCUAAUUACUUUUACAACUUCCCUCAGGACCAGCAAGUUGGUUUUGCACCAGCACAUUCUGCUAAUAGUUCUUUUCCUGGAAUUAAUCCAUCUCUGACAAUAGCUGUACCAUCAAAUGUUCAGCCCCUGGCCCAGCAACCUCAAACUGUUACCAGAUCAGUUGAAUCUGACCUUCCUACAUCUGGUGCUUGUCAACAACCUCAAGCAAAUAUUCAUUGGAACAACAAAUUGUUGAACAGAGAAAACCUCUAAGAAUAAAGACCAUAACUACACUUUCUGUUUGCAUCACUUAAGUAUGCAAUAUAGACAUCACUGAUAGAUCAAAGCCAUCCUCUUCCAAGUGUAUAUAAGAUGUGGCUGGAACUAGGCACUCUCAGUGAGAUCACGUUGGAAUGUAGAAUUUUUAACCUUUGGAGCUAAAACAGGGUUUCUUGCUUUUGAUAGUUAGCAGUUAGCUUUCCUCAAUUCCCUAAUCUUCUUGAGACUGAAUGAGGUUUUUUGAAGUAUGAGUGGAGCAGGUGAAAUAUCUUAAUUGUUUCCAUUACCCCUUCUAGCUUGUAUAUCAAAUUUUGACUAGACAGAUACUAUUACAUCUUGAAACGCUUGACAUU